UUGUGCUAGUGUUGGAUGCAGCAUGCAUAGAGUAGCAAGGACUGAUGCAGGUGUAUCGAUUCUGUAUUCUGUAAAUAUUCUGCAAUUUGAGAAGAUCAUGCGUACAAAUAUCGAAGUGUUUUAGCCCAUUUGUACGUAGUAAAGUAAAUUGUUCAAACAACAGCAUCACUGAUCCCAGCCUGCGGGCACGCACCAUGUCAUCCUUCCUGUACCAAUUGUCUGCAAGAGACCGGGAGCUAGACCUUGUCCACCUGGAUCACUGCUACUCCAAGUCAUGGAGUGCACACCCCGACGCCAGCCACGCCAAGCCAGCCCGGUUGCUGUUUGUCCCAAGGACCCUCCGACUUCGCCAGGACAGACAAAACAUUGUUGAACCAGAUGUACCAAUUGAAGUGGUCACACCUUCUCCGUCAAACACCUUGCCGUACGACAGUGGGAGGGCUCACUCUGUCAUGAACGAAUGCCAGCGGCACGUCAACUUUGCCCGCUCUACAACCUCGGAAGAGCACACAGACGAAGAAUGGGAAAAGAAAUUGACCAAAAUUGGAUGGACCUCUCAGCAGAAUAAGCUGUUUGAUAAGAUCAUCAAGCACAUGCAGUCAGAACGAUUGGCCAGGCUGGCUUACGAAGGGAACCCCAACGAGCCAGUGCUGAGACGCAUCCAUCUGGACAAGUGCGCCAAGAAAGUCCGACGGACACUUGCCUCCAUCGGAUGGGUAAGAUUGGCCACAAAGAUCUCCUUUCCCAUCCUUUGUAAUGUCUGUAGUGUGCAAUCAUGUUUUGUUUAUUUGCUGUUCAUUCAGGAUUCCAAGUUAACGCAGUGGUUACACAGUGUUCUAAUCGACAACCUUAGCUCCUCCCUCCUAGCCAUUUAUCUUGAUGUCUUACAGACCUUGAAAUCAAAGGUUCCAGCCCUAAUUGAUAAGAUGAUCAGCUUGUCCACUUCCUCCAAUCGCUGCAGUGCGGCUAGCUCUGAAGCCUUGAUGCUCCUGCUGAAAAGACCUUGGGACCCAGCCGUAGGAGUCCUCAGCCAACACAAGCCGAAAAAGCUUCCCGGUUCCCCGCUGCUGGUGGUCACGCCCAGUGGCCCUUCGUUCCCCAGCAUGCCUACGUCGCGUCGCAUGCGGUUCUGGAACACCCAGCUGGCCAACCUGGGUAAGGUCAUCCCCGUCACCACGCACACGGUCAGCGGAGGCAGUGGGGUCAGUAUAGCGCAGUGUCUGGAGCACAUGGUUGGGGCUGUGCGCACCAAGGUCAUGGAGUUGAAGAGCCACUUCCCAAAUCGACCCAUCGUGCUGAUUGGCUGGUCUGUAGGAGCAUUGGUAGCCUGCCACGUUUCUCUGGUGGAGCAUGUAACAGGAGUAGUGUGUCUUGGUUUCCCUGUAAUGGGAAUCAGUGGUGCAAGAGGGGGAGUCGACGAACCCCUGUUGGAUAGCAAGACUCCAACUCUGUUUGUUGUCGGUCAGGAGUCCAGUGUCUGCACCCAGGACGGCAUUGAGAACCUGAGAGAGCAGAUGCAGGCGGAGACGGGGCUGGUAGUGGUCGGAGGAGCUGACGAAAACCUCAGGAUGUCCAAGAUGAAAAAGAGGAGCGACGGGGUGACACAGAGCAUGGUGGAUAGAUGCAUACAGGAUGAAAUCAGCGAAUUCCUCUGCACUGUCCUGACCUCAUCCAUGAACGACGGCUUUGACCGGCCAGAGUUUGACCUGGAUCACCGCAAGAAGCGAGAGAAAGAGAAGGAGAAGGAGCGUAAGAAGCGUCUCCACCGGGACUUGUCCCUGGAACUGAAGGGGAGGAAAGCCUCUCCGGCAGGCAGGGGUCGACGGAAUAGCCUGCCAACCAUGUCUAGCGAGAGCCUCUUGAAGGCCCAGGCAGAGCAAGGCUCUAAACCCAGCCAGUCAUCAGGGCCCAGCUUCGGGGAGCAGUAUGCCCACUAUCUGGCCAGAAUGGCUGCUAGUAAGCUGGACGCCAAGCUGACUGCAGAUGAUCGCCCAUCCAAAGAUGGCAAGGCUGGGUCCAGUGGGUCCUACAAGCGUCGACGCAGUAAGAGCCCCACCAGCUCCAAGCGCAAGCAGAUCAAGUUAUGCUCCCUUGUUGCCAUGGCAACCAUGGCUGCUGCCUCCUCUUCCUCUUCUGCGACUUCCUCUUCCCAAGACUCCAACACCACCCAGGAGGAGCCUGCGUCAUCCCAGAGUGGCAUCACCACUGCAACGGAGUCAGCUCCCACUGCCCUGCGCGGAGCUACGUCUUCCAAGCCCCCCUCCCUGCCGCAGUCGGCCGCUCCCAUCCCUUCCUCCACUUCUCUGGCCGUCUCGGCUCCUCAGCUCUCUGGCCUCUUGCAGAAGACAUCAGGCAACACAGGUGGCAAGAGUGUUGCAGUCAUCGGUGGGGAAGUGCCACUGACUGUGACAUCUGCAGUGACCGCUGCCAAAUUGUCAGUGGGAUCGGCUUUGUCCUCGAAAGCAGGUAGCGAAGGUGUAGGGACCAACAGCUUGACACUAGCACAGCUUCAACAAUUGGGAAGUUUGCCCUCAAACAUGCCACCAAGCACACUUCUUCAGGGUCUGAAUUUCAACAUUCAGCAAGACAGCUCAAAAUCUCCCACCACAAACCCACCAAACUCCAGUAGUGUGGAUUCCUCAAGCACCCAAACUAACCAGUCGUUGACAACCGCUAAGGGCAAAGCUCCCAAAAUGAGCAUGCCCUCGAAGGGAGAACAGCCCGAAACGAGCAGCGCGACGUCAGCAGAGCAGAGCAUAAUCACCAGCCAGUUUCAAGCAGCUGUGCAACAAGCCGCUGUGGCCAUAGCCGGCAAGAUGAUGGCCACCUCGGGCCAGCCACCCAGCAGCAGUUCGCUGGGUGCCUCUCCUAGUACCAACCAGGUGGCCUCCCUGGCUGGCCUUCUCAACAUCCCCCAGCUGGUGUCGGCCGCUCUGAAGACCGUACCGCCAGCUACCACAGACAGCUCGGGCCAGGCCACCUUGAGAGCACUAGAGAGCCUAGCUGAGAGGAAUCUUGAGUGUGCUGCCAGUGGAAAAGAUCCUGGGGGAUCCACAGGCCAGAUUGUCUCACCAGAUGUAGCUCUGUUGGGACUCUUUGCUGCUCAAGGGGCGACCUUGACAAGCAAGUCUAGAGGGUCUUCACAAAGCUCAGUGAGAUUGAAGACCACGACUGCUGCGGAAUCCCCAGUCACAGCCAAGAACAUGGAAAUUGACAAACAACAUGAGCAAGCCAUCCAGAAGCUUCAGUUCCACGACUUCCCUCUCACCACCGUCUCUUUGACCUCCUCAGCCUCCAUGGGCACAGUCACCAAGGCCAAAAUUUUGAAGGACCUGGAGAAGGGAAAUGUGUCUGGCCUGACCACGCUUGAGAAAACUCUCCUCGGCAAACCCACAUCAGGGGUUGGACCCUCCCACUCCCAGUCAGCAUCAGUCUAUACGAGCUCUUCUGGAUUGUCUGCUCAGAGUCUCAUCUCAACAACAUCAUCUCUGACAGCUCCUUCGAGCAAGGUUCCAUCACAGGCAGCUACUGCUUCUACCAGCGCCAAGACUGAGAUCAAGCUGACAACAGUUAGCCAUACCUCCACUGGAUCAACUACCAGCAGGUCUGCUUUAAGCCUUCAGCCCCCAACCUGUGCUUCCAACAAGGCCAUUUCAGGUCUCGUGACCCUGUCCUCUUCAUCCGCUGCUGCUGUCAGCACCUUCGGUCGAGGAUUUGCCCACUUAUCCAGUUCGUCCAGCCGACUUGCUCUGACAACUAAAGUUGGCACACCUUUGCUGUCCACAAGCUCCAAACUCUCCACCACGUCCAGCACCACUACCCCAGCUAAACCCCUGACUGAGAAGCCCCUAGCUGGUAAAUUUCAACCCACGCAUAUCCAGCUGGGUAAAUUUAGUCUGCAGUCGGGAACUAGAAGUGUUAUCUCUGGAGAGGCAGUACCCAAGUCCCAGUUCACAGGCAGAUCAUCACCCGUAGUGAUCCGAUCAGAUCCAACUGGAGUGACUGUCAAGAAGGCCAUCAACCAGCCCUCAGCUUUCAAGCCAGCCCCAGUGACCAAAGUCAUCUCAGCCACCCAGCCAGGCACAAAGGAGCCACCCUGCCCUGGCUCAUUAGCUGAGGUUACCUUAGUCCUGACAGCAACUACAUGCUCCAAGACAAGCACCACCGAAACAAAGAUGACCAUGGCACCCUCCAUUCAUAGAGGCAUUACCCCCUCAGAUAUCUCUGGAUCAUCCAAGACACCAACAAUGAAUCUUCCCAAGGCAACUGAUGAUGGAGGCAGCAAAGAGGAACACGAGCCGCCGUCUUCAUCAAGCUCCAAGACGAGCUUUGGCGAUGCAGGAGGGAAGAGAAAGUCUCCUCCAACUUCUCCAACUUCCUCUUCUCCUUCAUCAUCACCCAAGACAGUUGGGCCUGGGGGUGAUGCUGACAGCAAGGCCAAGGGGAACCAGGGAACUCUUGCCGCAGCCUACAUGUCAACCCGUACACGAAGGGUCCGCACACCUCGACAAUAUUCCGAUUACACAGAGUAAUGAAAGGUAGUGUCCGCUACGAUCUUAACUCUUUACUUUCCAGAUUCGUCAUCAUUCUCAAAUGGGCAUUUUUGUCGAUUGAUGGUAAGCAGUCAAUACAUACACAGUGAUACCAAGUUAAACAGUGCCCGUGGUACACCACAGGAACAUGAGCUGGAAUGCUGUGUAUUUUGGAGAUCACAGAAGAUCCUUGAUUACAGGCAUGCCACCCUUACAUCCACCUGUGGGUUAGUUACGUUUAUCGAAAGUUCUCAUAACUGCAUGCAGUCCCUUGGCUUAGUGCACCUGACACUCAGUUGUGUCUAUUUGUCGAAAACCUCCUCUACAAACAUCCAUUCUCCUCAAAGUUGUCAUCAUUCAAAAUCGGUCAAAUGACAUUUGAUACAUGUAUGUCUAUGUCAUGUAUGUACUGCAGCAGGAGUAGUGGAAGCAAUAUUUGACUGUCGCUAUUUUAACAGCAGGAGGGUGUUUAUGAAACUAAAACUGUGCUUUUAAGUGAUUGUUAUUUUAUGUUUUCAUAAAGUAUGUUAUCAUUUUUUUCGGUUUGUUAAGAAUUUACGAAUGAGACUUGUUAUGCCUUGGAACUUCCGACAAGCUUUGAAAUGUCCGUCUCUGGUUUGCCAGAUCUUGGCCAAAGAAAGAGGCAGCUUGAUCCAAUUUUGACAACAGCUUGCGCUUCUCAGUUGGGCUCGUUCAUAAUUGAGUUUCGGUCCGGAGAAGACUUGCCUAUCCCCAUGCCACAUCAGAACAACUGGGAAUUUAUGGCGUCCAAAUGCUGGCUCCUAGCAUUCCCGGCUCAUAGUGUCAGCUCUGGCAAAUUAGUAUGGAAUUAAUCCGAUUUUGUUCUGAAAAGUUGUCCAUCUAUCAAACUUUUCUCACUAGAGGUUGCUUCCUUUGUAGAGCCCAAUUUCAGGAAGUUGUCAUAUUUUGGUACAUGGUAGUACCCUUGAAAUAAACUGAUCUGGAGGAUGUGAAUUAUUCAGAGGAAAUUUUGACAGGGUGGAGAAAUUUUCUAAGGAAAUUGGUCGAUGGAGGGUAGCAUGAAUCCAAUAAUGUAUUGGGAUUUCAACUGUCUGGUGGCACAAGGCAGGACUCAGACUGGGGAAAUGUCUGCCCACGUUUGGCUGUCGACUGUUUGUCAUUGUCCAGGAGGUCGAGGACUUUGUGUUCAAGUCUUCGUCCUUGCCCACCCCAGUAUGAAUACGUGCAUGCACAUCGACCCGCGUCAACUGGUUGAAAACUCAGCUGCUUUCUUUCUGUCAGAACUUUCUGCUUUCAACCUGGAACAAAUUCGGAUGAUUCUCACAUGAUAUGAUUGUAUUUGUGCUCAAUCACGAUAAUAUCAGAUCAAUGAUUUUAUUUACUGUUGCUUUGUGUAUGCGCUGUGCUCUGUGUAUUUAUGGUUCAAAAUAGCCACACCCAUGUCCAACCCUAGAGAUUAUUUUCCAGGUCUAGCCGUGUGUACGUGUGCCUUUCUGGAUACAUAUAUUCAGUGGUUGAAUUAUUUGGGAGUUGAUCGACUUUGCAUAGAGUUUACCGAAGACGAUCAACAGCGUGCAAAGCGCAAAGGAUUUUCAAUUAUGCUUGCCAAUUAGUGUAGACCUUUUUCCAGUGAUGUCACGAUCAUGCCGGACCAAUGAUGUGUUGUGAUGGUAAUGUGCACUGUGUUGU